AUGUCUCAUGGAAAGCCACCUCAUGUUUUUAAUGAAUUUUUUAAUGUUAAUAAAGAUGUUUUGAUAAAUAAAAGCAAUUUUCUGGCAAUAUGCAAGGGAUGCAUAGUUAGGAAAGGUUUUGAUUGGUCAUUUAGUGAAGCUGUUAGAAGUAAAAUUUCUAACACUCUUCCUUCCAUUGAAAAACAUCUUAUAUCUUGUGACAAUUUCAAAGUUGUAUAUCCCAAUAGAAUUGAAUUUGUUAAUAUACAACUUGAAAUAAUAAAAAAUAAAAGAAAUAUUGGUAGAACAAGUCAAGCUAAUGGUGAUGUUGAAGAUGAUACAACUAUUUUUAAUAAUAAUUCGCAAAAUGAAGUCAUUCCAAUUCAUUCAAAUACACCCAGUAACUCUGUUAUCCCAAACAAAAGAAAGGAUAGUAAUAAUCACUUGCUGACAAUGAAAGAUUGA